GUCAGGGAGAUGCCCCUGCAGCAUGGGGUCAAUAUAGCGCUCAGGAUGGAGACUCAUUGGUGGCCCAGGUGCGGCUGAGAACUCUCUAGCGCAACUUCACGACACGGAACAAAACGCCACGAGGCCUCAUGAUUCGCGUCUGCGGGGUUUGUGGCAGCCACGGCGAUAAAAACGCCGGAUUGGGUGUUCCGGGGAGCGGGUUUUGAGAUCGCUGUCGCACAAGGACGACACGCAUGUUCGCGUCCUCGCGAUAUAUGUGCAUAUUCGCCCCCAGGAGUUUCCCUGACAGCGGCACCUGCAACUGCACAGUAGUUCAGUUAAGCCCCGCCAAGACUUCCGCCAUGAAGAAAGAGACCAUCAUCCACCUCGGAGUCCUGAUCCUCCUGCGAUCACCAGCCUGCCACGCCCAGUUUGAUGAUUUGUGGGAGCGCUGUCCGACUGUUGAGCACCAAAACUGCGAUGUGGCCAUCGAAAUUAGGGCAGAUGCCUGUGGCACUACAGAACCUCUACCGAAUUCUACCUGCAACUGCAGACAAGACUUCAUUGACAGCUAUGUGAAGCCGAGUUCACCUCUUGCACGGGCGACCAAGUCAUCAAGCCCAGCGAGUGGGAGGAUCUGUUUGCACUCUGGCAAGACAAGUGCGCUGCCCUAAUAUCAGCAGGCUCCCUCACCAUGCCGACGCCCACCACCACGCUGUCACCCACUGAGCGAAGCCAGGCCCCGCUGGCCU